AUGGGCCGUCCAAAUCCAUCGCAGGAAUCGAAUUCUCUCCUCAACCUUUUGAAUCCUUAUGCUUCGGUAGCGCGUUCAACCUACCCAGAUCCAGAUAGUCCUUCAACAAUGCUUCUGCGGGAACUUCAAGGAGGGGAUGAAGAUGACACGGCGCAACAAGAUGAUGAUCCAUCUGAUAGGAUGUCGCCUACUCCCACCCCAACCAGCGGACGAGGCACACACGUCCUUUCCACCUCAUCCAGCUCGUCAGAUGACGAAGAAGCACCUCCCAGAUCAUUGAUCUUCGGUGAACAACUUGCACCAGGCGAAAGAACACCCCGUUCACCUCCAAGCGCACUUCCUCAUAGAACCAUAUCAGUACCAUUCUCACAUACUGAGCACAGCCAUAACACACCUGUCCCACGAGCAAACAGUCCUGGCCCAUUCAGAGAUCCAAAUGCACCUUCAUCAUCUACAUCUGAAUCUCAAAGCCACAGUACAUCAACAUCGCCUGGACCUUCGACAAUCUCAGUCUACGCAUCAGGAAUGGAAGGUACUGGUAUGGCGGAAUCGUCAAUUAGGGAGACUUCAAGAGACCCGUCAACUUCCCCUGAACAAUCCGAGAACAAACCACCUACUUUUCGUGAACCACCUACAAGUCGACCCGCUCCUCCAACAAGAUUGUCAAGUAAGAUGUCUACACCAAGACUUACGUCUGGCUCUGGGUAUCUAGAUCCUGCACUUCCGUCCUCAGCGCCCAAAAACAAAGGCAAGGGAAAAUCCAAAGAGAAAGGUGGAAGGCGAUAUCAGGCUUUACUUGCUCAAGAGGAAGAAGAGGAAGAACAAGAAGAAAGAGGACGAUAUGCCGGACUGGCUGGAAAGAAAGAUCUUUACGCUAGGAAAGGUCUGAGCGAUUAUGAGAAAGCUUUGUGGAAGUGGGUGAACGUAGAUGAUCUGGAUGGCUUUCUGCAAGAGGUGUACGACUAUUACAAGGGGAAAGGCAUAUGGUGUAUAGCUCUUGCGAGAGUCUUGAAUCUUCUAACCACUUUUUUCGUUAUUGCGUUUUCAACAUUCCUUACGUCUUGCAUAGACUACAAGAAGCUAUGGUCAUCCGCAUCCGGUCCAGAUGCGACAGCGAGAUUAGACGAUGUUCUCAUUGACAAAUGCAUCACAAGAGCUUCGUUCCCCCACAUGCUCUUUAUGGUGAUCGUUGCAGCUUUCUUCGUCUUUCAAUUACUGUCCUUCAUCUUCUCCCUUCCGAGACUAGUGGAAAUGUACCGCUUUUACACCUACCUACUGGGUGUACCUGAUGCCGAUAUACAAACUCUCCCAUGGCCAGAGAUAGUUCGUCUAAUAGGAGAGAUACGGAAGCAUAAUCCUGUUACUUCCCUUUCGAAUGGCCAAGCAGCAGCUUUAGCAGAUAUGGUGGAUGAAGCGGAUCAGGCUACGCUGAAGAAGCUGGAUGCGCAUGACGUUGCCAAUCGGAUUUUACGUCAAGAGAACUACUUGAUAGCGCUUUUCAACAAAGAACUUCUAGAUCUUCGUGUUAGGCUACCUGUUCCCCAUGCUGCAGAACAGUUACUUCCUGCGCAUCUCUUAGCUCCUAUUCAAGGCUCUUUACCAUCCCAUACCUCACAGCAAGAAAGGCAGUUCAUCUCUUUUGGAGCGAAUACACUUACCAAGGCACUAGAAUGGAAUCUAAGAUUCUGCCUAAUGGGAUACCUCUUCGAUACCAGGGGACAGGUCAAAAAGGAGUUUGUUCGAGAGAGAAGAAGGAAAGAUCUGGUGAUCGGCCUGAGAAGGAGAUUCAUUUUUAUGGGUGUCCUGAACGCCAUCUUUGCGCCUUUCAUUGUGGUCUAUCUGGUCGUGUACUCCUUCUUCAGGUAUUUUGAUGAAUAUCAUAAGAAUCCAUCUUCUAUUGGAAGCAGGCAGUACACACCAUACGCCCAAUGGAAAUUUCGCGAAUUUAACGAAUUGCCUCAUCUGUUUGAGCGUAGGCUUGAUCGGUCUUAUCCAAUCGCUAAGGAAUUCAUCGAUCAGUUCCCUAAAGAGCGUACAGCUCUUAUCAUGCGAUUCGUCACUUUUAUCGCAGGAUCUUUCGCAGCUGUUCUUCUACUAGCCUCGGUAAUCGAUCCCGACCUAUUCCUACACUUCGAAAUCACCCCUCAUCGAACUGUUCUUUUCUAUUUGGGUCUCUUUGGUGGAGUUUUAGCGGUCGCGAGAGGGAUGGUUCCCGAAGAGAACAUGGUAUUCGAUCCAGAGGAGCGGAUGAAAGAGGUUGCAAGAUGGACACAUUACUUGCCGUCUGAGUGGAAAGGAAAAUUGCAUAGUCAGAUGGUCCACUUACAAUUCGGUCAACUUUUCGCCCUGAAGAUCAACAUCUUCUUUACUGAACUCCUUUCAGUGAUACUCACUCCAUUUGUUUUAUUCUUUUCCCUCCCACCGUGUGCAGGUGCCAUCAUCGAUUUCUUCCGUGAAUUCACUGUUCACGUUGACGGAGUGGGAUACGUCUGUUCCUUUGCUGUAUUCGACUUUCGAAGGAAUGAAUCUGAUAACAAAGCGGUGGACGAUGCCGACAGUACUCCACAUGAGAAUACUGGUCCUGUCAUUGGCAAAUGGAAAACAAACGAAAAGAUGGAGUCUAGUGUACUUCAUUUCAAGGCUACACACCCGGACUGGCAACCGACAGAUCCUAGCUCAUCACUGUUCCUCGAUCGUUUAGUGGGACAACGUCAAGUUCCGAAAUCGCCUCGUUCACCUAGAGUAGGCAGAGAACCUGCAUUAGAACGUUCACUUUAUACGGGUGGAAGAGAAUUAGGUCUAGGUUUGGGUCUCGGUGCAGCUGGAAUCGGAGGCAUGGAUGAGAGAAAAUUGAGAGAAAGACGAGGUGAAUAUGAGCGAGCAUGGGAUAGAUCAAGUCACUUGAUGAGAACUAAAAAUUCGACACCGGGGACAGAAGGGCCAGGGGCAAAAUCAAGAAAUCAAGCUGUCAUACAAGAAAGAGACGAGAACGAAGAUCAAGAAGAUGAUCUGCAAAGCUGGAGCGAAGACCCUAAAAAUAGGAAAAGUCCAGUAGGUGAAGAAGGUUGGAAAGAUGAAGGUGUACGAGGGAUGUUACAGCAGGUUCUGGGAAGAUAA